GGUAGAGUUGUUUUUCUCCUUUUUCUCCUUUUUUUUUGCACAGCCAAGAUUUUUUGCCCUGCACCCCUUUGUUGCGGCUGACUCUUGCUUCGGUUGCUCUAGGGCCUAGCCCCAGGCCUGUGAUAUGAUGGGGCUAGCCCCAGGCCUGUGAUGGUCACACAGAUCAUUUGUCCCCGCUUUCUUCAAACACAGUGCGCGUGUCAGAUGAACUUCAGGAAGCAUGAAUGCUUGUUUGUUGCGGUUAGAUUCUAGCUGGCCUGUGCCCUGAUUAAGAUGCACGUUGCUUGGCUAAGAUCUGUCGUAAACCCACCUGCUUCGCUUUCUGUAAUGAGCCGUUAUGGAUGGUCAGCAUUCCAAGCUCUCCGCUCCGUGUCUGAGGGUGACGUAUUGCAGAACCUCCUGGCUGUGGAUUGGAGUACCUUCUUUGCACGGGACGUUCUCCAGGAGAAUCCACGCUCGCUUCAGCGUCUUCGCAACCUCUUUGGGCGAGACACUGUUGCUGCCAAGGAGCUCAUCGCGGCAUAUGAGCCUGCCUUGCUCAGCACGGUUCAGCACAUGAUGCGGCUGCAGGGUCCACCAGGUCGGCCGCCAGGCCAGAAUGGCCCUCUGCACUUCUGCGGCACUUUCGGCUGGAGCCAGGUGGCCGCGGAGCUGACAUCGAUUCCGAAGGCUCGCGUCUCUCUCCUCGGCCCGGGGGACCACGGGCUGCGGCCCUCCGCCUGCGCCGCUGCCGCCGGGCACUGGCGCCUGGCCCGGCGCCUCAGAAGCCACGAAGACGAAGCAGACGAAGCAGAAGCAGACGCCCAGCUCAAGUACGAGAACUCCGAGAACUCCGAGAACUCCGAGCACUCGGGACCGUUGCUGCUCCCCUCCCCGGCCUCGCCGGCCUCGCCGGACUGGGCAGAGCUGUCUCUUCCUGAAGUUCACUUAGACCUGCCAGCAGUGCUGCCUAUCCCGUGCGUUGAGCGGAACAUCAGCUUUGCGGAAUUCAUGCAAUACUUCCGAACAAAGAGGCCAUUUCUGAUUCGCAAGGGUCUUGCUGUUUCGGCGAGCGCACGUGCUUUGUUGGACGCCUUGGACAGAUCUGAUCUGGAUGGUGCAGUGGGCAGCAUUCCCUAUGCCCACGAUUUCAUGCCUCGGGUGGCACGGCAAGCCGAUGGUCUCCAAGAGGUGCUCCAAGGGCACGCCUAUUUGUUUCUUGAGAUCGAGAGGGAAACCCGACUGGAAGAGCUUGUGCAGACCUAUGGGCUGUUUGGCAUGAGGAGCUGGUUCAACUUCGACCAAGAACUUCAUUCCGUGCUUCAAGUGUCCUUGGGACAGAGUGGCACGGGUGCACCGUGGCAUUGGCACCAAGAUGCCUUCAACGUCUGCUUGGCGGGUGAGCGGGCCUGGUUUCUGAAGCCACCUGCGGAGGCUCUCAUGUCACGAAGGCCUGUUUCGCAAGGCCUUCCCCACCUUGCAGGGUCUUAUUUUGCAAAGCAAAGACACGGAGACGUGCUUUAUGUCCCAGAGCUUUGGUCACACGCAGUGGUCAAUCUGAUGCUUUCCUCAUCUCUGGCGUUCGAGUUCGGGACUGGAAGCCAGCCAGAAAAGUGA